AUGGCUGACGAAGUUCAGUGCACUGGACCGGUCGACAACGGCAACGGAUCGCUCGGUCUGCGUGUCGGCGCCAUCUUCAUCAUUUGGGCAUCUUCCACCGCUUUGACCCUCUUCCCCGUCCUCACACGUCGAGUUCCACGACUGUCCAUCAACCGCGAAGCCUUCGACUUUGCCAAGUACUUUGGCUCGGGCGUCAUCAUCGCCACUGCCUUCAUCCACCUAUUAGCACCUGCCUCGAGCACUGAGGAGCUCGGCUCGCCAUGUCUGAACAGCAACUUCCAGAAUUACCCCUUCGCUUUCGCCUUUGCCAUGAUCGCCAUGUUUGCUGUCUUCGUCGUCGAGGUCAUCGCAUUCCGCGUCGGCAGCCAAUUCGCCAACAAGCUGGCCUACGACGCACAUGCAGGAGGUCACCACCACGCUAUGGAGCACGGCGGCAACCCGAACCACACCCAUGACUCGCACCACCACAACACGGUCAAGUCGGUCUCGUCGGACGAUGUCGAGAACGCUGCUACACUGCCAGGAGCUGGAUCGGCGGCCGAGGCCAAGGUGGUUGCUGACUCUGAUUCGUCCGCCCCCGCUGCGUUGACUCUUUCUACACAAGCAUCCGAGAUCCUCGGCGUCAUGAUCCUCGAAUUUGGUGUCGUAUUCCACUCGAUCAUCAUCGGCAUCACCCUCGGAACCACCUCCGACUUUAUCGUCCUGUUCAUCGUCAUCAUCUUCCACCAGAUGUUCGAAGGCCUUGGUCUCGGCACCCGUCUCGCUUUCCUUCCGCUCGGUAUGAAGUCGUGGAUCCCGGCCGCAGGUGCCCUUCUCUACGGUCUCGUCACUCCCAUCGGCAUUGCUAUCGGUCUUGGCGUGCGUCACACGUUCAACGGAGACUCGACCACCGCUGCCUAUGUCAUCGGUACCUUUGACUCGAUCUCGGCUGGUAUCCUGCUCUACACCGGUACCGUCGAGCUGCUCGCACACGAGUUCAUCUUCAACGACAAGAUGCGCAACGCUCCUCUCAAGAAGGUCAUCAUCAGCAUUCUCGAGAUGCUCACCGGUGCCGGUCUGAUGGCGUUGCUCGGUCGAUGGGCGUGA